CAUUCUCGCGCCCGCUCGCGCUCAGUGCUCGCGCCAUUCGCAACCGACGAAUACCGCCAUUUGCUGGUGGUUGUUCACGCGAAAUGGCAAGUUUGACUGUGAAUAAAGAUACCUUUUACCGGCGGAUACGACGUUUGUACGCCGCAUGGAAGAAACCUGAUGACAAUUAUGCCUCAUUGGGUAAAAUGGAUGCCCUUGUUUCUGCUGUCGGAGUUGAUGAAGAGAUUGUGUACAGCAAGUCCACAGCUAUACAGACGUGGCUGUUUGGGUAUGAGCUGACGGACACCAUCAUGGUGCUAUGCGAGUCUGCUAUCUGCUUUCUGGCCAGCAAGAAAAAAGUUGAAUUUCUCAAGCAGUUGGAGUCUGGCAAAGAGAACGAGGCCCAAGCACCACCUAUCACCCUGCUUGUUCGGGAUAAGGCUGACAAAGACAAGGCUAACUUUGAAAAGCUGAUCGACGCCAUCAAGAAAAGCCGUAAUGGCAAAGUGGUUGGUGAAUUUAGCAAGGAUAAAUUUCCUGGUGAAUUUAUGGAUGCCUGGCGGUCUGCUAUUUCACCUGAAAAGUUUGACAUGGUGGACAUCAGUGCGGCUGUGGCUUAUGUGAUGGCUCCCAAGGAGGAGCAAGAAAUAGCUCUUACAAAGAAGGCAUGCCAAGUGACAGUGGAUGUGUAUGCCAAAUACUUGCGGGACCAGAUCAUGGAGAUAAUUGAUGCAGAUAAGAAAGUGAAACACUUCAAGCUUGCUGAGGGUGUGGAUCAGGCGUUCCAGGAGAAGAAAUACCUGGGUGGUGUGGAUCCAUCUCAAGUGGACUCCUGUUACCCGGCGAUCAUUCAGUCUGGUGGCAACUACAAUCUCAAGUUCAGCGUAGUCAGUGACAAGAAUACGUUGCACUUUGGGGCCAUCACUUGUGCAUUGGGGGCCCGUUACAAGUCUUACUGCUCCAACAUCGUCCGCACGCUGCUGGUAAAUCCUAGCCAAGAGCAGCAGGAUCUCUAUGACUUCUUGUUGCAACUUGAAGAAGAAGUGGUCCUUGAGAAGCUUCGAGAUGGAGUUAAGCUGUGCGAUGUGUUUGCAGCUGUAAUGGCACGCGUCAACAAGGACCACAAAGAGCUUGCCGACAAAAUGACUAAAAAUGUUGGGUUUGCAACUGGAAUCGAGUUUCGCGAGAGCUCCCUGGUGAUUCAGUCGAAGACCACGGCAGUUGCUCGUAAAGGUAUGGUCUUCAACAUCAACAUAGGCUUCUCUGGUCUUCAAUUGAAAGCAAGCGGCGAUGAAGGCAUCAAGACAUACGCACUUUUUAUUGGAGACACAGUCUUGGUAAAUGAGGGUCAGCCAGCAACAAUCUUGACAAACAGCAAGAAGAAGCUGAAGAACAUUGCCAUUUUCAUCAAGGAUGAGGAGGAGGAAGAGGAAGAGGAUGAAGAGGAGGAAAAGGAUGGCAAGAAGAAGCAAGAUGCACCGAUCUUGGGUCGUGGAGGUCGAAGAACAGCGAUCUUGGACUCUAAGCUCAGGACUGAACAGUCAGCAGAAGAGAAACGUCAGCAGAACCAAAAGUUGCUUGCAGAGCGCUUGAAUCAGGCAGCCAAAGACAGGCUGGCAUCACAGCGAGGUGUGCAAAAGGAUGAGAAAAUCCGGAAGUCAAAUGUUUCAUACAAGUCUGUGAAUCAGAUGCCAAAGGAACCAGAAGUCAAAGAGCUCAAAAUAUUUGUUGACAAGAAGUAUGAAACUGUGAUCUUGCCGAUAUUUGGUAUUCCAGUUCCCUACCACAUUUCCACUAUCAAGAACAUAUCACAAUCUGUUGAAGGGGACUACACCUAUCUCCGGAUAAACUUCUUUCACCCUGGUUCAGCCUUGGGUCGGAAUGAGGGCAAUAUAUUUCCGAAUCCAGAAGCCACAUUUCUGAAGGAAAUAACAUACCGAAGCACCAAUGUGAAGGAGCCAGGGGAGAUCUCUGCACCCUCAUCCAACCUGAACACAGCCUUCAGACUCAUCAAAGAAGUUCAAAAGAAAUUUAAGACGAGGGAAGCUGAGGAACGAGAGAAAGAGGGUAUAGUAAAGCAGGACACUCUUGUGCUAAGCUCAAACAAAGGAAAUCCCAAGCUCAAGGACCUGUACAUUCGGCCAAACAUCUACUCCAAGCGCAUUUCUGGCAUCUUGGAAGCGCACUCCAAUGGUUUCCGCUUCACUUCAGUGCGAGGUGACAAAGUUGACAUCUUGUACAACAACACCAAGCAUGCCUUUUUCCAGCCUUGUGAUGGGGAGAUGAUAAUCCUUCUCCACUUUACACUCAGGAAUGCCAUCAUGUUUGGCAAGAAGAAGCAUAAUGAUGUUCAGUUCUACACUGAAGUUGGAGAGAUCACUACAGAUUUGGGAAAACAUCAACACAUGCACGAUAGAGAUGAUCUUGCUGCAGAGCAGGCUGAGCGAGAAUUACGUCAAAAGCUCAAAACUGCCUUCAAGACCUUCUGUGAGAAAGUGGAGGCAGUUACCAAAGGAGAAAUUGAAUUCGACACACCCUUCCGGGACUUGGGCUUCCCUGGUGUACCUUAUCGCAGCACAGUACUCCUUCAACCAACCUCGGGCUGCUUAGUCAACUUGACGGAUUGGCCACCAUUCAUUGUUACCCUGGAAGAAGUGGAACUGGUUCAUUUUGAACGAGUGCAGUUUCACCUCAAGAACUUCGACAUGGUGUUCGUAUUCAAGGACUACCACAGGAAGUGUGCUAUGGUCAAUGCCGUCCCAAUGAACAUGCUUGACCAUGUGAAGGAGUGGCUCAAUUCAUGUGACAUCCGUUACACAGAAGGAAUUCAGAGUUUGAACUGGACCAAGAUAAUGAAGACAAUCACAGAUGACCCAGAGGGCUUCUUUGAGUCUGGUGGUUGGUCUUUCUUGGAUCCCGAGUCUGAUGGUGAAGACGGUGAUGGGGAUGAUGACUCUGAGGAAGAUGACCAGUACAAUCCAAGUGAAGAAGAAAACUCUGGUGAAGAUGAAUCCGACUCUGAUGAAGAGGACGACUCUGAAGACUAUUCAGCCUCUGAAGUCAGUGAAGAUGAAGAUUCCGUUGGUGGCGAGCUUGGCACCAGCGAGGAAAGUGGGAAAGACUGGUCUGAGCUUGAAGAAGAAGCUAGAGAAGCUGACAGAAACCGUAAUGAAUUUGAGGAUGAAUACACCAAACGCAAAGGUGGAAAGGGUUUGGACCGCAAACGUCCGGCUCAAGAUUCUCGUGGUCCAUCAUCCAAGGAUUCUCGUGGUCCGUCAUCUAAGGAUUCCCGAGGUCCAUCUAAGAAGGGCACUGCAAGCCCCCAGAAGAAUGGUAGCAGUGCUAAACGGCGGCGUGACUCUGACUCUAAGGGCUCUGAGCAGCGUAAGAAGCCGAAGAAGUGAGACUUCAGGUGCCAUCAUUUUCCUCAAGAGAAAAGGAGAGUGCUGGAAACAAUUAAAGGGUGGAGCCCUGUUCACUGUCAUGGGGUCAGCAGCCAUGCUCCAGGCAGUGGUGGUGUUGAACACAGUAUGAACGAGUUUCUUCACAGGACAUGCGUGUUCCUCAUUUUUAACCUUUCUUUUUAAUGCUGUGAUUGAAAUGCAGUGCUGGCUAUAGCACAGCAUACAUGUUUUCUAUACAUGACAUCACGUGUGUUCUACGUGUUUUGAACAUAACAUGUUCAUGCUGUGACCAGCUGGCCUGUGCUUUCUUUAGACCUGUAAAAUAGCUCUUGUAUGUGUCACCAUGUGAAGAGAGAUAGGUUUUGCCUGCUAUUCCUCUAGCAUGUGCAUGUUGCCAAUAUGCUGCACAUUCAACAUGUAACAUUUAAGUUAAGCUGCUUUGAAUCAGUGUACAUACAUUUGGACAAGGCGUGUUUGUUUUUCCUGCCCGUUUUUAUUCCCCUGUGAAUAAGCCACAAAGCAGUGAUUCAUCCUCAGAGGUUAGUUCAUAACAUUACAGAGCAAGUUGUGCGCCUGUUUUUAUGCUUCAUUUGCUGUUUGUAUGUGCACACUUAUCAUGGAGACUUAAGUUCAAUGUUGUGGUUUUACUUUAAAGAUCGAAAUAAAUGCUUUUGUAUUGGA